GCUAGGUGCGCAAUUGCUGGUUUGUGACAUGCCACUGCUACACGAGACAUCACGACAUCAAAACGCUUUCUGUUCCCCAUUAGCAGGACCUGAGAGUGAACAGCGUGCAAAGUACCUAACCAUACUCGAGAUCAAAGGGAAGAAGCAAACAAGCAACAAUGUUCAACGGUAAAAUUAGUUGUUAUGUCGACAUUGCCUCGUUCUACAGCUACAUCGCUUUUGUAGACAUUCUCAAGAACCAGGCCCUGCUCAAAUCUCAUGGUAUUGAUGUAGAGUUCAUUCCCGUCUUGAUUGGCGGCAUCAACACCAAGUCCGGAAACAAACCGCCCUGGACUCUCCCCGCGAAAGCCCAGUAUGCUCCCUUCGAUGCUAUGCGAUCGGCUGAGAGGGUUGGGAAAACCGACAUCACCAUGCCCGAGGAUCUCAUGUCGAGAAGCCUGACCGUUCUUCCGAUGCGGGCGCUUCUCUUCGUCAAAGCGAGCUACCCCCGCGAAAUCUUCGAAACAGCGCUGCAUUAUCUAUUCCACUGCUUCUGGACGUUUCCCCACCGCGACGUGGCUGCGAAGGAGGGUUUUCAGCAGAUCCUGGCUGAGGCCCCUUCCGUCUUUCCCCAGACCAGUCAAGCAAGCUCCUCCUCCAAGCCCCUGUUUGGACCGAGCGAUCUGGAGAAGAUACUCAGUGCAGCCGCCUCGCCUGAGUACAAGGACGCACUGAAGGGAACCACCGACGACGCCGUGGCCAAAGGCGCCUUCGGUGCUCCUUGGCUCUGGGUCAGAAAUAGGCUGGGGCAGGAGGAACCCUUUUUCGGGAGUGAUAGAUCGCACUUUGUCUACAAGUUCCUUGACCUCCCCUAUGAGGACGUCAAACUGCUGCCUCCGUCCACCAGCGAUCCAACCAGCCGCCAUAAGCUCUGAGCUGACGAGAGGCGGAACUUGUCUCUUGGGAAUGAGGAGGAGCAACUCGGUUCUGGGGCUCAUACGUGACGAGACUAAACGCCAGUGCAACCGUGCAGCUUUCGAAAUACAACAUGGAAGCUGAAGGAUAUGUCUUGGUAGGCAGUAGGAAGUUAGGUAUCUCUAGGCAGUCUAGGAAAUCAAGAAUGGAUGCUGGAUAUGUAUACAGAAGAGAGUGAUCGUCGCAAAACACACACCUAUACCAUGGAAAAUAUGCCAGCCCUGCCUGGCACAUCAUAGAUACAAAAACAC